AUGAGAAUUCAAGAACUAGUUAAUCUAAUCAAAGUUCAAAAAAUAAAACUGUUUGACAUUUUUAAACGUCUUUUUCCAAAGCAAAAAGAAGUUUCGGAGUUAUUAAAAAAUUUAAUCAUUGUGCAUUUAGAGUAUAUUGAAGUUAGCAAACUAAAAUUGCCGUCGGUUAAACUUCGUCGUCAGCGUGACGGGCUUCGUGACGAAUUAGAAAACAAAUUAGGAGACGAUCUGGUCGAAGAAAUCCAAAGUGUUCUUGAUGACUGUGAAGAACUAGUGAGAAGAAAGCAGUUCAACAAUAGCAGAAAUAAACAAGUGGCAAGAAAAAAUGGAAGUCCUAGAAGAAGAAUUCGAGUAUUUAAGGAAAAACUAUGUUGGGAUUAUUGUCGCUUGAGAGGAUCAGACCUUUUGAUAAUCAAAGAGAUUUUUCUCAAUAUGCGCCAAACAACCAUUAAAGGAUUACAAAACUGUUAUAACAAAAAGCACAUGGAAGCAAACACUACAAAUAAAGCAAUGAAAAUUACGGAGGAAGUGGCUAAUUUUGUAAACUUUUUUGCUCCCGAGUUCUUAAAAAAAACAAUUGAAGUAAUAAAGAACUCUUUUCAGAAAAAAAUUUCUGAUAAACAAGUUGAUGAAUUUAAAGAACUACUAAUAAAUGAUAAAGAAAAUUUAUUUCUGCUAAACAAAGUCAUAAUUGAAAAGAUAUAUAGAUCUUUAUCCAAAUCACGCUUGAGAAUCAGAUUAGAAAAUGGUGAACCAAUAUUGUUUAAUGGUAGAUAUAAAAUUUUCGAAAUUGAAGACGAUAUUUGA